AUGUUUUUUGCAGCCAGUCACGUGACCCGCAUCCCCCCAGACUUACUGGAAAAAAUUUACCACUUCACACUACUCAACGAGUACAACACGACUUCUCGAAUUGAGACCAACACACCCCUCCCCCGCGAUUCCACCAUGAGCCACAUCGAAGACUACACCACCAACAUCGAUGAACAAUUGCUCCUGGUCGUGAAAAACCAGGUCUCCGCGGACGACUACGGCCACCAUUCCUCGUUCAAACACGAGGACAAAGACCACCAUCUCCACCACCAUCUCCAAACACAACUGCAGGUUGCCCAGCAGGCAGCGCAGGCGUUGUACCACCAGAACCCGAUCCAUGACGACAGCGAGUACAACAUCCAGAUCCCGGAGCCGGUGAUCUUGCAGCGACUGAAGAUCUAUCCUGUGGACCAGAACACCAUCACCAACGAGGGGAACCUCAUCACGCGGCCCAUUGCGGAGCACCAUUUCCAUACGCGCGAGGACUUGAACGAUUUCAUUGCGGAUUUCGCGCGGCACAACGGCUUCGGCAUCGUCAUUGCCCACAGUAACAAGAAGGCCAUCUACUACACAUGUGAGCUUGGCGGACGGUACCGGCACAAGAAGGGGAAGACGAUCCAGCAGCAGGAGGAGGAGGCGGCGCAGCGGCAGCUCAACGAGACGGGCAACGGGUACGUGUUGGACCAGCACGCGCGCACCAAGAAGUUGCGGUGUCCGUUCCUGAUGACCGCGCUGUUCCGCAAGCUGACGCUGGAGUGGGUGCUCCGCGCGACGUGCAACGAGCACAACCAUCCGAUGUUGGAUCCGUUGUGCAACCACCCCAUGCUUCGGAAGCGCUCGGACGAGCUCAACCUGUUGAUUCUCGAGUUGUACCGCCGCGGAACUAAGCCUUCGCACAUCGAGGCCAAGAUCAAACACCAGUACAAGGAUAUCAUCAUCAAGCGCGAGGAUAUCUACAACGAAAUCAGGGGCUACAAGCGGAAAAUGAAGCGCCAGAACAAGUUCUUGCCUGCGCCCGGCAGCCCCUCCGACCCAGGCAAGGCGCGCCAUUCGCUGAACUACGACCACGUUCGUGACGAGGAGAACGAGCUGGUCUUGGCCUACGACCUCGAGCAGCAGCGCCACGAGGAGCUUGAGCACCAGCUCCAGGCCGUGGCCGUCGCCGCCGAGGCCCACUACACCCGCCAGCGGAUGAACCAUCUGCUCUCGCAUCACGACCAUUUGGACCACCUGCACCUCCAACAGUAUCAGCUGUCGCUCCAGGGACACUCCCUCGACGAUACGGACGAUAAUAGUGCGGCGGCCGUGAUUGCUUCUGCGGCCAGAAACUCUACCCAAUCGGACUUGUCUAUUGACAACAUCGACAGUCGCUUGGUGGGCGAGUAA